AUGCUCUGUUAUAAUAAAUACGUCGCGCUCUCUGUGGUGUCUAUCUAUCUAUCUAUCUAUCUAUCUAUCUAUCUAAUGAAAUGGACUAAGUCCGACAUAUUGUCUAUCCAGGCGGAAAGAAAGAGUAUUUGCAAGCCGAACUCUUUUCCCCCUUUUUUCGGAAUAGCUUUAUUUUUUCAAUCGAUAAGUAUACGUUCCUUUUACCGAGUUCAUUUUAAUACAAUUCUUUCUUUCUUUCUUUCUUCCUUUCUUAGUUUGUUCAUUUUCUAUCUAUCUAUCUAUCUAUCUAUCUAUCUAUCUAUCUAUCUAUCUAUCUAUCUAUCUAUCUAUCUAUCUCAGUCUCGUUUGAAAUCUAUCUCAAUUUGUUCAUCUAUCUAUCUAUCUAUCUAUCUAUCUAUCUAUCUAUCUAUCUAUCUAUCUAUCUAUCUAUCUCAGUCGUUUGAAAUCUAUCUCAAUUUGUUCGUCUAUCUAUCUAUCUAUCUAUCUAUCUAUCUAUCUAUCUAUCUAUCUAUCUAUCUAUCUCAGUCGUUUAUCUAUCUCAAAUGUUUGUUUAUCUAUCUAUCUAUCUAUCUAUCUAUCUAUCUAUCUAUCUAUCUAUCUAUCUAUCUCAGACUCUUCUCAUUCUACUUCUUUCUAUCUCCAAAUAUUUCAUUAUCAAUGAAUUUUAUCAAGAAACACGUAAGAGUAUUUUACACUUGUUUUCGUUUGCAUUCACAUCUAUCUAUCUAUCUAUCUAUCUAUCUAUCUAUCUAUCUAUCUCAUGGUGUUCAUAUCUAUCUCACUCAUCGUGUUCGAAUCUAUCUAUCUAUCUAUCUAUCUAUCUAUCUAUCUAUCUAUCUAUCUAUCUCAUGGUGUUCAUAUCUAUUUCACUCAUCGUGUUCGGAUCUAUCUAUCUAUCUAUCUAUCUAUCUAUCUAUCUAUCUAUCUAUCUAUCUAUCUAUCUCAUGGUGUUCAUAUCUAUCUCACUCAUCGUGUUCGAAUCUAUCUAUCUAUCUAUCUAUCUAUCUAUCUAUCUAUCUCAUGGUGUUCAUAUCUAUUUCACUCAUCGUGUUCGGAUCUAUCUAUCUAUCUAUCUAUCUAUCUAUCUAUCUAUCUAUCUAUCUCAUGGUGUUCAUAUCUAUCUCACUCAUCGUGUUCGAAUCUAUCUAUCUAUCUAUCUAUCUAUCUAUCUAUCUAUCUAUCUAUCUCAUGGUGUUCAUAUCUAUUUCACUCAUCGUGUUCGGAUCUAUCUAUCUAUCUAUCUAUCUAUCUAUCUAUCUAUCUCAUGGUGUUCAUAUCUAUCUGACUCAUCGUGUUCGGAUCUAUCUAUCUAUCUAUCUAUCUAUCUAUCUAUCUCAUGGUGUUCAUAUCUAUUUCACUCAUCGUGUUCCUAUCUAUCUAUCUUUCUAUCUAUCUAUUCAUUUCAUUAUAUUCAUAUCUAUCUAUCUAUCUAUCUAUCUAUCUAUUUAUUAUAUCGCAGCAUGUUCAAAUCUAUCUAUGUCAAGUCUUCUCAAUUCUCUCCUCCUCUGUCUGUCUGUCUGUCUGUCUCUCUCUCUCUCUCUCUCUCUCUGA